AUGUUUAUCUCCAGCGUCCUCUCUUUGCUGCUCUUUCAAGCAGCUCAAGGAUCCCCGGCAAUAAGCCCAGUACACAGGCAACUUCAAACACCAUCCGAUUAUGGGAGCUUCAACAAGAACGUGGAUGGUAUCUACGUCCCACCUGAAUCUCGUGGUGGCGGCGGCGGUGGUGAUGCCUUGUUUGUGGUUGGAAAUGCCUACAUUGGACGCAACAACUUGACGGACAUUGUCAAGAAUAUGAUUGAGCAUUCCACCUCGUCCUCGUCUUCGGGUGUCAACCUUCCCUUGCAGACGCAGACGUGGGACGUUCCUGCUGCCCAUUGGCAACACUAUGCCUAUCAAUUGGCCUCCAAUGAACACGCAAAACCCGAAAAGAGCUUUGAAGAAGGCCUGCGCCAAAAAGAAUUCCGUUGGGUCGUACUGCAAGAACAAAGUGAAGUCCCAGGACUUUACCAAUCGAAAUUCACAGAAGAGUGGAUUGAAUCCAACAAGGCUGUCCAAGUAUUGGAUGAUCAAAUUCAGAAAUUCGGUAACUUUGAACACACCACUCAAACCAUUCUCUUCCAAACUUGGGGUCGUCUUCACUUUGACGACAACAAUGCCGAAAUGACGCGCAUUUACGAUAAUUUUUCGGACCAUCAAUAUCGAAUUGCGUCGGGAUAUCGGGAGUUUCAAAAGGCCAUCUCCAAGCCCGAGAGACAGGCUUUGAUAGCCCCGGUUGGAUUUGCCUUUGAAACCAUUUAUGAUUCUUUGGUGGCAGAGGGUUUGGAUCCGGAACAGGGAGGAAGUAAGUUUGCCAAUUUGUACGACGACGAUGGAUCUCAUCCUAGUGCGCAAGGAAGUUAUCUGGCUGCUAGCGUACUAGUAGGAGUAAUGACCGGUCAAGAUCCAAGACAAUUCGAUUGGUCAUAUCCAGUCAUAGAUCUUGAUACCCAAAAAUAUCUCCGAGAGGUAGCCCACCAAACCCUCGUUGAUUUUUGUCAAAUCUGCAAUGUGCGCGCCAAGACUGCCAAGUAUGUUCCACCAGAAGAACGGGGAGCAACGAGCAGUGUAACCAAGUCGUCAUCAUCGGGCGUUUUUGGCAAGUUUAUUAGUUUUGUGUUCUGGUGUGGUGUCCUCGGUGGUUGCGGCUUUGUGGCAUGGAAAAAGCAAGACAGCAUUCGAGCCACAGUCCAAUCUCAAUUGGCACGUCGCCGCGGUGGUACUCAAACCUCCUAUGCCGAUAUGGACACUAGUGGUGCCGGUAACUAUGCUCCAUUGCAACAAGGGCAGGGUGGUUUGGACAUGGAGCUGAUUUAA